GCAACAACUCUACAAUAAUGCGCAAUAAUUCGUUACUGCUGGUCAUAUCGCUACUGAUUUUUUCGAGCGUUUACGUGUUUACGCGCGAUGUCGAUUUCUGCUUUGCGGACGAAGAUGAUCCGUAUCUGUACAUGGCAACGAAGACUGCCUAUCAUUUUGUUCACGGCGGCAAAACCCGAUUUCAAACUAUACCGCACUGUCGACCGGUGCAGAUCUGGAUGGUUGCUGCACAUGGUACAAGGUGCCCAACUCGCGACGAAAUUGACAAGAUUGUCGGAUUGACCAGUCUUAAGGAGCAAAUAAUCCAUAAUCACGAUGUACGUGGCGAUGGUCACAUGUGUAAUCGUGAUCUAGAAAAUCUACGAAGAUGGUAUCCAAAUGCUUACUUGGUGCCGGAACGGGCAGAAGUUUUGACGCCGCAAGGGGUGGAGGACAUGAAGCUACUUGCCAGAAGAUUGCAGAGCAACUUCCCGGAGUUGUUGCAACCUAACGACAGCAAUAUCACAGCUACCAAUUACAAAUUUCAAACUGCCGGAGCACGUGAGAGCCUGAUGUCUUUUAUGGAGGGUUUAUUUGGAAGCAGACACGCCGUAUCUUACGAAGAGACUUCCAAUAAUGACACUUUACUUACUACAUAUAAAACAUGCGCUUUGUGGGAAAAUGUAAAAAGCGAGGAUCAGUCGACUAAAAGUACGGAACGUAACAACUUCGAAAACGGAUCGGAAUUUCAGAAUCUUUUGAAAAAUGUCAGCCGACGGCUCGGUUUUAAAUACGAUAUUUCUAUUGACUUAAUCAAUGCUAUGUAUGACACAUGUCGAUACGAGAAAGCUUGGACCGUUACCACACUUUCACCUUGGUGCGCCGUUUUUAGCAAGGAAGAACUUUAUAUUCUAGAAUAUAGAGAGGAUCUCGAUUAUUAUUACAAAGCUGGCUACGGACGGGACAUCAAUGCUCGAUUGGGAUGUCCUUUAUUGCACGAUAUGAUGAAACACUUCUGGAAUAUAGCACAUAACAAAAUCUCGGAAGAACCAACUGGCAUCUUUUACUUUAGUGAUGUAGUCGCUUUGCAAAAUCUGCUGACCAUAAUAGGCAUAAAUGAAGAUCAUGACCAAUUGACUGCCUACAACUUCAGAGACAUGGCAAAAAGACAAUGGCGCACAUCUUUGAUAUCUUCUUUUGCUGCAAAUCUUGUAGCAGUAUUUUACAAAUGCAACGAAGGCUUUAAUCGUAAUAAAGUAAUGUUCUAUCUGGCUGAAAAAUUGGUACGAUACAAUGGCUGCCAAGUAGGUCUUUGCGAUUGGGAGUUUCUCAAAGGGCAAUUUAGUCAACUUGCACAUAAUUGCAAGUUAGACGUUUGCUGGGAACCGAAUAAAGCAUCUUCUAGCUUAUCGAGCUAUGUAAUUAUUUUACUAACGUGUUUCUCUCUAGUCCAUGGUCUUGCAAGCUAUCAUUAACUAUAAUAUAAAUAAUACUAGUCUUGGUCUUUACUCUUCAAUGAUAUAUCAAAUGUUAAAUUGUAAACUGUUACGAUAAUAUUAACGUUAAUUAGGUAUUUAAACGUGAACACCACGCGUCACAACAAUCAUUAAAUAUGUAUUACUAUAUGUCAGUAACAGUAAUAGUAUAUUUUAUCAUACUAUAAGAAAAAAUAACACACAUAUGUAUUGCUUUUACA